CUAAUUAGAUUGAAUGAUAUGCAGAAUUAUACAUACCGAAAACUAUAAGACGAAAUCAGAGACAUGGUUUGGGUUUUGGCUUAUGGGCAGUAACGUGCUCUCUUUUCUCUCUAUUGCGUUGACUUGCAGUGGUUAAAGCUUAACAUAUUGCACUAAAAACUGUUUUUGCGAAAGUCGUCAGUUAAAAUGGCAUCAGUUAUCAUAUUCAUGCAUAUGUUAUUUGGAUAAAAAGUAUAAAAAGUCAUAAAGAAUUACUUUUUAUAAAAUGUAGUAUUUACAUCAUGAUCACUUGUAUCAAGUUAGCAAUAAAAAAGGGAUAGUGUAAAAACAGUAUCGCUUAUUUUAUAAUUAUGAUAAUUCUGCAACAUGGAACAUGUUAUGUCUACCUUAUUAUCUUAUAUAAGAUUUAUCUUAUAUAAGAUGUUACUCGCAACUUCGCAGAAGUGUUGCAGUAACGAUAGUGGCAUCAUCAUUGUCGGCAACAGACAUAACGAUAUUAAACGAACGUUAUAACAUAUAAUAACUCAUAAAUAAUCAAUAACUCCUUAAUUAUCGAAAUUGUAGUUAUCUCGUUAUCAUAUCGUAACUUCAAAGAAUUAAUAUAGUAUUCAAGUGCAUGUGCCUUUAAAAGUUUUCUGGAGCGAAAGAAGUAAGCAGAAAUUUCACGAUUUACAUCAUUUACUUUUUAAGAAGAACGUGGACUACUACUUUGGAUUCUUAGUAUUACAGAUAGAACAUAAUUAACAUUUCACAAACCCAGAGAGACGAAGCGAAGGAAAGUCGGAUACCAUUUAUAUUACCCAAUAAACGAUGAUUACCAGUGUACUACUCUCAUGUGCUGUUAUCGUAUUUUUAUAUUAUUAUGUUAUCCACCUUGCAAGAUUUAGGCGUCUUAUCAAUCUUAUUCCGGGACCACCAAUGUUUCCAAUUAUCGGUGAUCUUGAAAUCAUGUCUCUUACUUCACGUGAGAAAUAUAUGGAAAUAAUAGUAACACGAUUUAAAAAAUAUAAUCCCAUUUAUAAAUUUUGGCUCCUUACGAUCGCUUAUAUUAGCAUUAGCCAUCCGGAUGACAUGCAGACAUUAAUGAACAGCACGAGAAAUAACGAGAAGGGCAUGGCGUACAAAUUACUUCAUACAUGGUUAGGAGACGGUCUUCUGCUUAGUAAAGGAGCAAAAUGGCAAGAAAGGCGAAAGAUUCUAACGCCUGCGUUUCACUUUCAUAUAUUAAAAGAUUUUGAUAUCUUGAUCGAGGAAAGCAAUAAUAUGGCGAAAUCAUUGAAAGAUAUAAAAAACUCAACUGUCGAGGAUUUAGAGUCUUUCAUUAGCCGCCAUACCUUGAAUAUAAUAAGCGAAACUUAUGGCACUUCCUUGCGAAAUCUAGAUGAACUUGAACAACAGCAGUACCGCGAAGCAGUCUAUGAGUUAGGAGACAUACUAUUUUACAGGGUCUUCCGACCGUGGUAUUACAGCGACAUGACAUCGAUCUCGCCGAGAUACAAGGAUCACGUUAAAUGCCUGAAAAUACUACACGAAUUUACGGAAAAAGUUAUUAAGGAAAGGAAACAAUAUCACGAAUCCACUAAUGGACGAUUUCUAAAUUUUGAAAAAGCUGGAGAAGAUGAAGAAAUGAUAGGAGGAGGGAAGAAGAGACUUGCCAUGUUGGAUCUUUUGAUAGCGGCGUCCAAAGAUAGCAAUUUGAGCGAUCUGGAUAUUAGGGAAGAAGUCGAUACCUUCAUGUUGAAGGGUCAUGAUACCGUAGCAAUGGCAUUGAUUUUCGCUAUAUUACUGUUAGCCGAACAUAAGGAUAUUCAGGAUCGUGUCAGAAAUGAAGUCAAUGCUGUGAUGGAGGAGAACGGAGGAAAACUUACUAUGGCAGUCACAGAUUUGACAUAUUUGGAUAGAUGUUUGAAGGAAGCGUUGAGAUUGUAUCCCAGUGUUUUCUACAUUCUCCGAAAGUUAACGGAAGACGUAAUGAUGCAAUCAUAUCUAGUGCCUGCUGGAACGCAAGUGUAUGUUGACAUUCUCAGUCUUCACAAAAAUCCUGAAUUCUGGCCAAAUCCAGAGGUGUUCGAUCCAGAUAGAUUUUUGCCAGAACUGGUGCAAAAUCGUCAUCCUUUUGCUUAUGUACCGUUUAGCGCAGGAUCGCGGAAUUGCAUAGGUCAACGAUUUGCCAUGAUGGAAAUGAAGGUUGUAGUUGCUUUCCUGGUGCAUAAAUUUUAUUUGGAGCCCAUGCAACGCGCGGCAGACGUUCGACUUACAGGCAAUAUAAUACUUCGUCCUGCGCACCCGGUACGCGUAAAAUUUGUCCCAGUCCAAGGUGCACACGCAACGAAAGUUGCAUAGGAACACGAACAUACAUAAAAACCUAACAUGUUUAAAGGAAAAAUGAUAAAUUAUUUCGUGCAUUGUCGCAUGACAUGAAUCAAUAUCACAAAUAAGAUAAUUAUUGUAUACAUAUGAAUGUCUAAUAGGAAUAUGCAUGAUACUUAUUCAGAUUGAUUGGCUUGCUUUGAGUACUUUUCUUGACUAGUCUAAUUUAGGAUAUGAUAAGGGAAAAAACAAUAUUUUUUUAUAUACUAGACAUUAAUCACUUUUAUCGCGUUGAUUUAUAAUCAAGGUUUCUUUUUCAUUCUUAUAUUCUCGAUAAUAAAAUAUCAAUGUAUAUUUAUUACAAUUUGUAUUGCUCUUACUGUGUCUCCAAGCUGCCCGCAAAUCUGUAGUGCUCAAGUUUUUGCUUAGUGAGUUCACGUGUACUAUUCUGAACAAAGGAUUACUGGUUACUGUUAAAGAGUAUUCUCAAAUCUUGCUGUUUGAAUAGAGCGCGUUAUGUGAAUGCGACUUUUGUGUGAGUGAUGGCGCUGAGCGAUGAGUGAGGAUCGAUAUCGAUCCUAUGUGGAUGUAUGUUUUUGUUUUUCGAUCGCUUUUGGCGCGUAACCGUUCAGUCCUUGCGUUAUAUUUACCUCGUGCGCAUAAGAGAUUAGGACUUGAUUUAUACGAUGUUCAUUUAGUUAUACAAGACUUAUGUUUAACAAGCACAGUUAUUUAUGUGACAUUAAAUCAGUUGUAAGCAUUAA